CGCGCGGAACGGAGCGGAGCAGGGCAGAGCUGCGCGGCUCGCUUGGCUCGAGGCUGAAAAUAGCCGCCGGAGAGCCGCUUGUACUCGCUUCGCUCCGCUCCGCUCGGCUCGACAUAGCUCCACGAACUUCGACGGAAAUUUCGUCGCGGGGGCCCGAGCGUGCAGCCCUCGGUCGAGCUGCGAAAUUUACGAUCUUCUGCACCCUCGUGGAAGGUGCAACGACGAGAAAGAAGGUCGUCUUUGCGAAUACCCGCGUGAAAUCGUGAAACGAGACGAGUGCGCGAACCGAGAGUUCGACGGUGUCGAAGUGAAGUGCUAUUUCGAGGUGCCGAGCGCUUGCGCAAGGGUCGUCGGCGAACUGGUCUGGGUGCCCUCCAGUCAGCAGUGGGUAAUCGUCGGUGCUCCACGACGGAUUAGCACGCCGACGUCGACGUCACUAUCGUCGUCGCCUUCGUCGUCGUCCUCGGGCUCGUCGUCGUCCCCGUCGACGAGACGCAGAGGCCGAGAGCCUGCGCCAGGAUAGCGACGGGAACAUGCCGACCACGCGAAACUGUGCAUGACUAACCGCUACCCCGUCAGCAUCGAUAAGGGUGCCUCGGACACGAAGUGACACGCGAGAUAGGCACACGUUCGCGUAGACGCGUGCACACGUACGGGCGCGCGUGAAAGUGACGUAGACGGAGGAGGUUCGUUGCGUGGAGGAAGCCUGCCGAGGGGAUGGCUGACAGCGAAGGUGGCUCCGAGCAGGACGACGUAUCAUUUCUCCGCACGGAGGAUAUGGUAUGUCUGUCUUGCACCGCGACAGGAGAGAGGGUCUGCUUGGCAGCCGAGGGUUUCGGCAAUCGACACUGCUUCCUCGAGAAUAUCGCGGACAAGAACAUACCGCCGGACCUGUCGCAAUGUGUGUUCGUGAUCGAGCAGGCUCUCUCGGUGAGAGCCCUGCAGGAAUUGGUCACCGCUGCCGGUUCCGAGACGGGAAAGGGCACUGGGUCAGGACACAGGACCUUAUUAUACGGUAAUGCCAUAUUGCUGCGACAUCUCAAUAGCGACAUGUACCUCGCGUGUUUGUCCACGAGUUCGUCGAACGAUAAGCUUGCCUUCGACGUCGGUCUACAGCAACAUUCUCAAGGUGAGGCGUGUUGGUGGACCGUGCAUCCCGCUUCCAAGCAGAGAUCGGAGGGUGAGAAAGUGCGCGUGGGUGACGAUCUUAUCCUGGUGUCCGUCGCGACCGAACGAUAUCUGCACACGACGAAGGAAAACGACUUGUCGGUGGUCAAUGCGUCCUUCCACGUGACGCAUUGGUCGGUGCAGCCCUACGGCACCGGUAUCAGCAGAAUGAAAUACGUAGGUUACGUCUUCGGUGGCGAUGUAUUGAGGUUCUUUCACGGUGGCGACGAGUGUUUGACGAUACCGUCGACUUGGGGUCCAGCACCUAGUCAAAAUCUUGUAAUCUACGAAGGCGGCAGCGUGAUGAGCCAAGCUAGGUCACUGUGGAGAUUAGAGCUCGCCAGGACGAAAUGGGCGGGUGGCUUCAUCAACUGGUUACACCCUAUGAGGAUCAGGCAUCUGACAACCGGACGUUAUCUCGGUGUGAAGGAGAACAACGAGCUCUAUCUGGUCGAUAGGAAUGACGCAACGAUCGAGACUUCGACGUUCUGGCUGCGACAAGAGAAAGACGACCAGAAGAUCAUUCUCGAAGACAAGGACCUGGAAGUAAUCGGCAUGCCGAUCAUUAAAUACGGUGACUCCACUGUUAUUAUGCAACACGCCACCACGUGCCUCUGGGUAUCUUAUAAGUCGUAUGAAACGAAGAAGAAAGGAGUCGGAAAGGUCGAAGAGAAGCAAGCGGUGCUUCACGAAGAGGGUAAGAUGGACGACGGAUUGGAUUUCUCCAGAUCUCAAGAAGAGGAAUCUCGCACCGCCCGCGUCAUCAGAAAGUGCAGUAGCUUGUUCACGCAAUUCAUCACAGGCCUAGAAACGUUGCAGGUGAACAGAAGAGCGUCCAUGUUCUUUCAAAACGUGAACCUCAACGAGAUGGUAAUGUGUCUGGAGGACUUGAUCAACUACUUUGCUCAACCCGAGGACGACAUGGAACACGAGGAGAAGCAAAACAAAUUCCGAGCUCUCAGAAAUCGUCAGGAUCUGUUUCAAGAGGAAGGCAUACUGAAUCUCAUCCUCGAGGCCAUCGACAAGAUUAACGUGAUCACUUCGCAAGGAUUCCUCGUCGCUCUUUCCGGCGACGAGAGUGGCCAGGCUUGGGAUCAGAUAUCCGGAUACCUCUACCAAUUGUUAGCGGCCAUUAUCAAGGGAAAUCACACCAACUGCGCUCAGUUUGCCAACAGUAAUCGUCUCAAUUGGCUGUUCAGCCGACUGGGCUCGCAGGCUUCCAGCGAAGGAACGGGAAUGUUGGAUGUGCUUCACUGCGUGCUGAUUGACUCGCCGGAAGCUUUGAACAUGAUGAGGGAUGAGCAUAUAAAAGUGAUCAUUUCUCUGCUGGAGAAACACGGCAGGGAUCCUAAAGUCCUGGACGUCUUGUGCUCACUAUGCGUCGGUAACGGCGUCGCGGUACGCUCCUCGCAGAACAAUAUUUGCGACUUUCUGUUGCCCGGAAAGAAUCUACUUCUCCAAACACAAUUGGUUGACCACGUGGCGAGCGUCAGGCCGAAUAUAUUCGUCGGCAGGGUGGAGGGUUCCGCUCUAUACCAAAAGUGGUAUUUCGAGGUGACCGUUGAUCACAUUGAACAGACGACCCACAUGAUGCCGCAUUUGAGAAUCGGAUGGGCGAAUACCGCCGGCUACAUGCCGUAUCCCGGCGGUGGCGAGAAAUGGGGUGGAAACGGCGUCGGCGACGACUUGUACUCGUUCGGGUUCGACGGUGCUCACCUGUGGACCGGUGGUAGGAAAACCCAAGUGGUGCAAAACACCACCGAGCCCUACAUCAGGAAAAGCGACGUGAUCGGUUGCGCUUUGGAUCUCACAGUGCCGGUGAUAACGUUCACCUUUAAUGGCACUCACAUCAUGGGCUCUUUCCGGAAUUUCAAUCUGGACGGCAUGUUCUUUCCCUCCAUCAGCUGCUCCUCCAAGCUCUCCUGUAGAUUUCUACUGGGCGGCGAUCACGGUCGACUGAAGUUCCAGCCGCCGGAGGAAUUCUCGCCGUUGGUGGAGAGCUUGCUGCCGCAGCAGAUCCUGUCGUUGGACCCGUGCUUUUAUUUCGGCAACAUGAACAAGGUGGUCCUGGCUGGCCCAUGGCUGGUAGAAGACGAUACCGCCUUCGUUCCAGCCCCGGUCGAUACCUCGAUGGUCAACUUGCCAUCCUACGUCGAACAGAUCAGGGACAAACUGGCGGAGAACAUCCAUGAGAUGUGGGCGAUGAACAAGAUCGAGGCAGGUUGGCUCUACGGCGAGGUCCGGGACGACAUCAGGAAAAUACAUCCUUGCAUUGUUCAGUUCGAGCGGCUACCAGCUGCAGAAAAGCGCUACGACACCCAAUUGGCCGUGCAGACCCUGAAGACCAUCUUGGCCUUAGGUUAUUACAUCACUAUGGACAAGCCACCGUCUAGAAUAAAGACUUUGAGACUACCGAACGAGCCAUUUCUGCAGAGCAGCGGCUAUAAACCGGCGCCGCUCGAUCUGUCGGCGAUCACAUUGACCCCCAAGAUGGAGGAGCUUGUUGACCAGCUCGCUGAGAAUACACACAAUCUGUGGGCGAAGGAGAGGAUCAGCCAAGGUUGGACGUACGGUUUGAACGAGGACUCGGAGAUGAGGAGGAGUCCCCAUUUAGUGCCCUAUCCAAAAGUCGAUGAAGCUAUCAAGAAGGCUAAUCGCGACACGGCCAGUGAGACCGUUAGAACACUGUUAGUCUAUGGAUACAUGCUUGAUCCACCUACUGGGGAACAGCACGAGGCAUUGCUUUUGGAGGCCAGCAGGUUGCGACAAUUAUCCUUCAGGACUUACAGGGUCGAGAAGCAUUAUGCAGUCAGCAACGGAAAAUGGUAUUUCGAGUUUGAAGUUCUAACAGCCGGACCGAUGCGAGUUGGUUGGGCAAAAGCCGAUUGCAUGCCGGGAAAUAUGUUGGGCAGCGACGAAAAUACUUGGGCUUUCGAUGGUUACAAUGUGACCAAAGUGCACGCUGGCACCCACGAGUCAUUUGGUCACAAAUAUCAAGUGGGCGACAUAGUUGGAUGUUUCAUUGACGUGGCAGACCGAACGAUCAGCUUCUCCUUGAAUGGAGAGUUGCUGAUGGACGCACUCGGCGGUGAAACUUCUUUCGCCGACGUGCAAGGUGACUGCUUCGUACCUGCGUUCACUCUCGGCGUCGGUCAGAAGGCGAGAUUAACGUUCGGUCAAGAUGUGAACAGUCUCAAAUUUUUCACCACCUGCGGUUUGCAAGAAGGCUACGAACCAUUUUGCGUUAACAUGAAUCGCCUAGUCACGUAUUGGUACACGAAAGAUCAACCUAUUUUCGAGAACACCGACGACAUGGUCGAUACGCGAAUUGACGUGGCUAGGAUACCAGCAGGCUCCGACACCCCACCAUGCCUGAAGAUCUCUCACAACACGUUCGAGACAAUGGAGAAGGCUAACUGGGAAUUCCUCAGGUUAUCGUUGCCCGUAAUUUGUCAGUCCAGCUUCGUAACAGAGGGCGAAAAACUGCGAAGAUGGCAGGAGAUUAAGAUGCGACAGAAUAGACUUCUAGCCGAGCAGGUUGAGCAAGCGCAGCAAACCGCACCGUCGGCUCACUUGGAGCAAAUUAUGAAGUCUGGCUUCAGUAUGAGCGAUAUCAAAGGGUUGCAAAGAAAUUACUCUGAAGAUGCGGUCGAGGCGGAUGAGAUGCUGAAGGAAUCGCCACUUCCUAUGCAGAGGGGUAAACCUUCCAGGCCGCCUAGGAAAGGUUCCCUUUAUGGAUCGCGUAAUUUGGACAAUGCGAUCAGCGAUGCUGAGAUGAAUGGAUACGGCGAGAUGAAUGGUGACAUAAAGGACGAUAAGAAGAAACGUGGCCGCUCACCUUUCCGGUUCUUCUCACGUAAAGCGAAAUCCCCGGAUGCGAAGUCGAAGACACCCGAGCCGCAGGUUCGCUCGGAUAUCUCGGAUAAAAGUACGAGAACACUCGGGAGCAAAAGUGCCAAACCUCCCCAAGUUCGUGUUUCGAACACGGACUUGAAAGUCGUGCCGCCCCAAAUCCCGGAGCGUAAUGUCCCCAAAGCGAUGUCCGUGUUAACGGGCACUGGUGUCGAAGCGAUCGGCAAUGAAAUCUUCGACGCUGACUGCAUGAAGUUGAUGAACGAGUACUUCUACGGCGUCAGGAUAUUCCCUGGACAAGACCCGACUCACGUCUACGUUGGCUGGGUUACUUCGCAAUACCACUUACACACGAAGGACUUCAAUCUGUCACGUGUGAGGAAAGCCUCCGUCGCUAUCAUGGACGAAUACGAACGUCUCGUGGAACAAGUCGAUAGACAAAGCUGCUACAUGGUCCGAGCGGACGAACUUUACAACGAAGUCACUCAGGACGCGUCGGGCAAGGGUGCGUCUCAGGGUAUGUUUGUCGGAUGCUUCGUCGAUACCGCGACAGGUUGGGUAUCCUUCACUUGUGAAGGGAAGGAAACGAGCCACAAAUUUAAGAUGGAACCGGACACAAAACUGUUUCCGGCGAUCUUCGUCGAGGCCACCAGCAAGGAGAUCCUGCAGAUCGAGCUCGGCAGAACCUCGACGACGCUCCCGCUUUCGGCCGCCGUCCUGCAGAAUUCCGAACGACACGUAAUACCCCAAUUUCCGCCCAGAUUGAAGGUGCAAUGCCUGAAACCGCACCAAUGGGCGAGAGUACCCAAUCAGUCCCUUCAAGUGCACGCUUUGAAACUGUCCGACAUCAGAGGUUGGUCGAUGUUGUGCGAGGAUGCUAUCUCUAUGUUGGCACUUCAUAUACCCGAGGAAGACAGGUGCAUCGAUAUUCUGGAGCUCAUUGAAAUGGACAAAUUACUCAGUUUCCACGCACACACGCUAACGUUAUACGCAGCCCUGUGCUAUCAGUCGAAUUAUCGAGCGGCGCACGCUUUGUGCCAACACGUCGAUCAGAAACAGUUGUUAUACGCGAUACGAGCCGAAUAUAUGUCCGGACCACUGCGACAAGGAUUUUACGACUUACUUAUCGCUCUGCACCUCGAAUCACAUGCGACUACGAUGGAAGUGUGCAAGAACGAAUAUAUAAUACCGCUUGGUCAAGAACUGAAGGAAUUGUACGAGAAUCCUGAGAUGAGGCACAGUCUCAGAUAUUUAGAGACCGAGUCGAUCAGACCGCAAAUGAAGAUGACGGAAAUCAGGGAUGUUCCUUCCAGUGACCAGGCGAUUGAGAACAUACGCAAUCUAUACAGCCCGCACUUCCCGCUCGACAUCGUGCGGGAUUACGUGAUGAUGGCGCUCAACGAAGCCGUCGAAGUGAAUCAAGUGCACAAUCGAGAUCCGAUCGGAGGCAGCAACGAGAAUCUCUUCUUACCUCUUUUGAAACUGGUAGAUAGAUUGCUCUUAGUGGGUAUGCUGAGGAACGAGGAUGUAUUCAAGCUGCUUAUCAUGAUAAACCCUGAAACUUGGGAUCCAACUUUCGACAAAGAAGGAAAAGACGAGCAUAAGAAAGGCUUGCUGCACAUGAAAAUGGCCGAAGGCGCUAAAUUGCAAAUGUGCUACUUGCUGCAUCAUCUGAACGACAUCCAGCUGCGCCAUCGCGUCGAGUCUAUCAUCUCCUUCAGUCACGACUUCGUCGGGGAUUUGCAAACCGAUCAAUUGCGACGUUACAUCGAGAUUAAACAGUCGGAUUUACCGUCGGCCGUUGCCGCCAAGAAAACUCGAGAAUUUCGUUGUCCUCCGCGCGAACAGAUGAAUGCCAUCUUGAGCUUCAAGAACUUAGAUGCCGACGAAGAUCCGGAGAACAUUCCCUGCGGCGAGGACCUGAUAGUGAAGAUGAACGAGUUCCACAACGAUCUGAUGUCCUACGUGUCUCUGCACGCUCUUCAGGAGGCGGCUGAUGCCGCCAACGAACCAAUCGAAGAGAUUCAGAAACCGGGAGCCAUGAAACGCCUCUUCAAUUUCAUUAACGCGGUCAAAGAGCUUGAAGAGGAAGCUAAACCCGAACCCGAGCCCGAGAAAAAGACUCCCGAAGAGGUGUUCCGCAAGGUGCUAAUAGCGACUAUCGUAAAGUGGGCCGAGGAGUCGCAAAUCGAGACGCCGAAACUCGUGCGAGAGAUGUUCAGCUUGCUAGUUAGGCAAUAUGACACCGUGGGCGAGCUGAUCCGGGCACUGGAGAAGACCUACGUCGUCAACAAUAAAACCAAGGACGACGUCGCGCUGAUGUGGGUCGGCCUCAGCCAGAUUCGCGCUUUGCUGCCGGUGCAGAUGUCCCAGGAGGAGGAGGAGCUGGUCCGCGAAAGAUUGUGGAAGUUAGUGAACAAUCACACCUUCUUCCAGCAUCCCGAUCUCAUUCGAGUGCUGAGAAUUCACGAGAACGUGAUGGCCAUCAUGAUGAACACCUUGGGAAGGCGCGCUCAGGCGCAGUCCGACGCUCAGACUCAGGCCCAAGCGGCCGAGGGCGAGCCAGCUUCGAAGGAGAAGGACACGUCCCACGAGAUGGUCGUAGCGUGCUGCAGAUUCCUGUGUUACUUCUGUCGUACGUCCAGGCAGAAUCAGAAGGCCAUGUUCGAUCACUUCGACUUUUUGCUGGAGAACAGCAACAUCCUGCUGGCCAGACCCUCGCUGCGAGGAUCAACGCCGUUGGACGUGGCUUACUCUUCACUGAUGGAGAACACCGAGUUAGCAUUGGCCUUGAGAGAACAUUAUCUGGAGAAAAUCGCGAUUUAUUUGUCACGUUGCGGUCUGCAGUCGAACUCGGAACUAGUGGAGAAAGGCUAUCCUGACUUGGGCUGGGAUCCUGUCGAGGGUGAACGUUAUCUGGAUUUCUUGAGGUUCUGCGUGUGGGUCAAUGGUGAAAGCGUGGAGGAGAAUGCCAACCUGGUGAUCCGUUUGCUAAUCAGAAGACCGGAAUGUUUGGGUCCCGCUCUCCGAGGUGAAGGUGAAGGUCUGUUGAGAGCCAUUAUGGAGGCCAACAAGAUGUCCGAGCGCAUUGCCGAUAGAAGAAAAUAUUUCGCACAGGUGCACGACGAGCCCGAAGGCACGACUAUGGUAAUACAAUUUGAGCAUCCGCUUCCCGAAUCAGACGACGACGAGGACUACAUCGACACAGGUGCAGCGAUCCUGAAUUUUUACUGCACCCUUGUUGAUCUAUUAGGUCGCUGUGCUCCGGAUUCUUCUGUCAUAGAGCAAGGGAAGAACGAAUCUCUUCGAGCUCGGGCGAUCUUGAGAUCGUUGGUGCCUCUGGAUGAUCUUCAGGGCGUGUUGUCCUUGCGAUUCACCCUGCUGAACCCUGCCGCUGGCGAGGAACGACCGAAAAGCGAUAUGCCGUCCGGCUUGAUACCGGGACACAAGCAAAGCAUCGUGCUGUUCCUUGAGCGCGUAUACGGUAUCGAAACGCAGGAAUUGUUCUACAAGAUAUUGGAAGAAGCCUUCCUGCCAGAUCUACGCGCCGCCACGAUGCUCGAUAGAAACGACGGUUACGAAUCCGACAUGGCGCUCGCUAUGAACCGCUACAUAGGAAACAGCAUUCUGCCGUUGCUGAUCAAGCAUUCGAAAUUUUACAACGAAGCGGACAACUACGCAAGUUUACUCGACGCCACAUUGCACACGGUCUAUCGGCUGAGCAAAAACCGAAUGCUGACGAAAGGACAGCGAGAGGCUGUUUCAGAUUUCCUCGUGGCAUUGACCAGCCAGAUGCAGCCGAGCAUGUUGCUGAAGUUGCUGCGGAAGUUGACCGUUGACGUGUCGAAAUUGUCGGAAUAUACUACCGUAGCUCUCAGACUGCUAACGCUACAUUACGAUCGUUGCGCAAAGUAUUACGGCUCCACUGGCUCUACAGGCCAAGGCUCGUACGGAGCGUCAAGCGAUGAGGAGAAACGCCUCACGAUGGUCCUCUUUAGCAAUAUAUUCGAUUCUUUGUCCAAGAUGGACUACGAUCCGGAACUGUUCGGAAAAGCGUUGCCUUGUCUGACGGCUAUCGGUUGCGCUUUACCGCCGGAUUAUUCCCUGUCGAAGAAUUACGAUGACGAGUGGUACGGCAGCAAGUCGGCCUCGACCCAAUCACCCGACGGGCCUUAUAAUCCACAGCCAAUCAACACCUCUAGCGUGGUGCUGAACAACGAUCUUAAUCAAAUAGUACAAAAGUUCUCGGAGCAUUAUCACGACGCCUGGGCCAGCCGGAAGCUGGAGAACGGUUGGACCUACGGCGAGCAGUGGUCGGACGUGAACAAGACCCAUCCGCGAUUAAAACCGUACAACAUGCUGACCGAUUACGAGCGAGAACGGUACAAAGAGCCUGUUAGAGAGAGCUUGAAGGCUCUGUUGGCGAUCGGUUGGAGCGUGGAACACGCGGAGGUCGAUGUACCAUCGACCAAUCGUAGUUCCAUGAGGAGGUCUUCCAAGAGUCAAGGCGACUCGGCAAAUCCGUUUAAUUACAACCCCCACCCGGUGGACAUGACGAAUUUGACGCUGAGUAGAGAAAUGCAGAAUAUGGCCGAGCGAUUGGCCGACAAUGCUCACGAUAUCUGGGCCAAGAAGAAGAAAGAGGAACUCAUUACUUGCGGAGGCGGCAUUCAUCCUCAGCUGGUGCCCUACGACCUGCUGACCGACAAAGAGAAGCGGAAGGAUCGCGAGCGGUCGCAGGAGUUCCUCAAGUACCUGCAGUAUCAGGGCUACAAGCUUCACAAGCCUAAUCGCGGCGGUACCGAGACCGAAGUGGCCGGUGCGGUCGCCGCGGUGGAGCUAAGAUUCGCUUAUUCGCUGUUGGAGAAGCUGAUAGCCUAUCUGGACAAAGCGACGAUCAACAUGAAACUCCUGAAGCCCUCCGACACGUUCAGCCGUAGGAACAGCUUCAAGACCUCUACCAGGGACAUCAAGUUCUUCAGCAAGGUGGUGCUGCCGCUGAUGGAGAAGUACUUCAGCACGCACAGAAAUUACUUCAUCGCCGUUGCCACCGCCACGAACAACGUAGGCGCUGCGUCCUUGAAGGAGAAGGAGAUGGUGGCCGCGUUGUUCUGCAAGCUGGCGAGUUUGCUGCGAUCGAGGCUCGCCGCCUUCGGCGCGGACGUGAGGAUAACGGUGCGUUGUCUGCAAGUACUCGUGAAGGGCAUCGACGCUAAGAGUCUCGUGAAGAAUUGCCCGGAGUUCAUCAGGACGUCCAUGUUGACUUUCUUCAACAACACUGCCGACGAUCUGGGGCAUACGAUCUUGAAUCUUCAAGAAGGAAAGUACAGUCACCUCAGAGGCACCCACUUGAAGACCUCCACGUCGUUGUCGUACAUCAACAGCGUCGUUCUACCGGUGCUGACCGCGAUGUUCGAUCACCUCGCCGCGUGCGAGUACGGCAGUGACUUGCUACUUGACGAGAUUCAAGUAGCAUCGUACAAGAUGCUGGCGUCUCUGUACACUCUCGGAGUGGACGCUAGUUUAACCCACGACCGGAAGUACCUGAAAACAGAGAUCGAGCGGCAUAAACCUAACUUGGGCUCUUGCUUGGGAGCCUUCUCGAGCUGCUUCCCGGUGGCUUUUUUGGAGCCGCACUUGAAUAAGCACAAUCAAUUUUCCCUCCUUAAUCGAAUCGCGGACCAUUCGUUGGAAGCUCAGGAUAUCAUGACGAAGAUGGAGUCGAGUAUGCCGACUUUGGAGACCAUCCUCAACGAAGUCGAUCAGUUCGUCGAGUCCGAGAAGACUUACAACGACGCUCCUCACGUCGUCGACGUGAUCCUUCCGCUGCUCUGCUCGUACCUGCCCUUCUGGUGGGCGCAGGGGCCCGACAACGUGAACCCGACCGAAGGCACCUACGUCAGCAUGGUCACCAGCGAUCAUAUGAAUCAGUUGCUGAAGAACGUGCUGAAAUUGAUUAAGAAGAACAUCGGCAACGAGAACGCACCGUGGAUGACGCGUAUCGCUGCCUACACCCAACAAAUCAUUAUUAAUUCGUCGGAAGAGCUGUUGAAAGAUCCGUUCUUGCCUCUGGCGGAACGCGUGAGGAAACGAACGGACACCAUGUUCCACAAGGAGGAAUCCCUUCGAGGCUUCAUCAAGUCCUCGACCGACGAUACUUCGCAAGUUGAGGCGCAAAUACAGGAGGAUUGGCAGUUAUUGGUUCGCGAUAUCUACUCGUUCUAUCCGCUGCUGAUAAAAUAUGUCGAUCUACAGAGGAAUCACUGGCUGAGGAACAAUAUUCCCGAAGCUGAGGAUCUGUACAAUCAUGUGGCGGCUAUAUUCAACAUCUGGUCUAAGUCACAGUACUUCUUGCGCGAGGAACAGAACUUCAUAUCCGCGAACGAGAUCGACAACAUGGUGCUCAUCAUGCCGACUGCAACCAGAAGACCCACGGCAGUGUCCGAUGGCACCGCGCCUUCGGGAGGAGGAAAGAAAAAGAAGAAGCACCGUGACAAGAAAAGAGACAAGGAUAAGGAAGUGCAAGCGUCCCUUAUGGUCGCCUGCCUGAAACGAUUGCUGCCCGUCGGCUUGAAUCUCUUCGCCGGUCGCGAACAGGAAUUGGUGCAGCAUUGCAAGGACAGGUUCCUGAAGAAGAUGCCGGAGUACGAGAUCGCGGAAUUCGCCAAGACCCAGCUGACGUUGCCCGACAAAAUCGACCCCGCCGAUGAAAUGUCCUGGCAGCAUUAUCUAUACUCUAAAUUGGGCCAGAAGAAGGACGCGAUGGAGGCUGUCAAGGCUCAACAGCUGGAGGAUGUCGUCGCCAGAAUCACCGACAUGGCCAAAGUGUUGUACGGCUUACACAUGAUAGAUCAUCCGCAACAGCAGAGCAGAAGUCAAUACCGAUCGGUGGUGUCGAUUCAACGUAAACGAGCGGUAAUCGCUUGCUUCCGUCAAACUUCCCUACAUUCCUUGCCCAGGCAUCGAGCGAUAAAUAUAUUUGCGCGGACGUAUUACGAGCUGUGGUUACAGGACGAAAACGUGGGCCAAGAAGUCAUGAUCGAGGACCUCACGCAAUCGUUCGAGGAUGCCGAAUUGAAGAAGAUGGACAAGGACGAAGAUGAAAGCAAGCCCGAUCCAUUGACACAGUUGGUCACGACUUUCUGCCGGGGUGCCAUGACCGAACGAUCGGGCGCUCUUCAGGAAGACCCGCUUUACAUGAAUUACGCGCAGAUUAUCUCCAAAUCUUGCGGCGAAGAGGAGGAGGAAGGCGAAGAAGAGGGUGGAGGCGAGGAAGAGGGUGGAGCUUCGAUCCAUGAGCAAGAAAUGGAAAAGCAGAAGCUUCUGUUCCACCAAGCUCGUCUGGCGAAUCGCGGUGUCGCGGAGAUGGUCCUCCUGCACAUAUCGGCCUGCAAGGGUGUCCCCAGCGAGAUGGUGAUGAAAACUCUGGAGCUCGGCAUUUCGAUCCUGCGUGGUGGCAAUAUCGAGAUUCAGAAGGGUAUGCUGAACCAUUUGAAGGAGAAGAAAGACGUCGGUUUCUUCACGUCCAUCGCAGGCCUGAUGAACUCGUGCAGCGUGUUGGAUUUGGACGCCUUCGAGAGGAACACGAAGGCCGAGGGUCUCGGUGUUGGCUCCGAGGGCGCGGCCGGCGAGAAGAAUAUGCACGACGCUGAAUUCACAUGCGCCCUGUUCCGCUUCAUCCAACUCACCUGCGAGGGUCACAAUCUCGACUGGCAGAAUUACUUGAGGACACAGGCUGGUAACACGACGACGGUGAACGUGGUCAUUUGCACCGUCGAUUAUCUGCUGCGACUUCAGGAGUCCAUCAUGGACUUCUACUGGCAUUACUCGAGCAAGGAGCUCAUUGAUCCAGCCGGUAAAGCGAACUUUUUCAAGGCCAUCGGUGUUGCCAGCCAAGUGUUCAACACCCUCACUGAAGUCAUCCAAGGUCCGUGCGCGCAGAAUCAACAGGCUCUGGCGCACUCGAGAUUGUGGGACGCGGUCGGCGGUUUCCUCUUCUUAUUCUCGCAUAUGCAGGACAAACUGUCGAAGCACUCGAGUCAGGUGGACCUUCUGAAGGAAUUGUUGAAUUUGCAGAAGGAUAUGAUUACUAUGAUGCUUUCUAUGCUUGAAGGUAACGUCGUAAACGGGACUAUCGGAAAGCAGAUGGUGGACACUCUGGUCGAGUCGGCUGGCAACGUGGAGCUGAUCUUGAAGUACUUCGACAUGUUCUUGAAGCUGAAGGAUCUCGUGUCAUCGCCGAGUUUCCUGGAAGUCGAUCUUAACAAUGACGGUUGGGUGUAUCCUAAGGAUUUCAAGGAGAAGAUGGAGCAGCAGAAGAGUUACACCGACGAGGAGAUCGAAUUCCUUCUGGCCUGUUGCGAGACGAAUCACGACGGCAAAAUCGACUACGUCGCUUUCAUGGAUCGCUUCCACGAGCCGGCGAAGGAGAUCGGUUUCAAUUUAGCUGUACUGCUCACCAAUCUCUCCGAACACAUGCCGAACGAGCCGAAAUUAGCUAGGUUCCUCGAAACAGCCGGCUCCGUUCUCAAUUACUUCGAGCCGUUCCUGGGCAGGAUCGAAAUCCUUGGCGGCAACAAGAAGAUCGAGCGAGUGUACUUCGAGAUCAAGGAGUCGAACAUCGAGCAGUGGGAGAAACCGCAGAUCAAGGAGUCGAAGAAAACCUACUUCUACAACACGGUGGUCGAGGCCGGUGAGAAAGAGAAGCUCGAGACCUUCAUCAACUUCUGCGAGGACGCCAUCUUUGAGAUGCAACACGCGAGCGCUUUGAUGACCGUCGAAGAGAGCGGCGGAAUCGGCAAGGCCAGGGAGUCCUCGUAUACUUACAUGACCGACGACGACGAAGAGAGGAACAAGGACCCGAUCAGGCGAGGUAUACAGGCCUUCAAGGACGGUGUUUACUACUUCUUCUACUUGUUCUCGCCGACUAAUAUCAAGAACAAGAUCGCCGAGAUGCAGCAGAUGACAAUUCCCGAGCUCUUCAUUGGUUUCUUCAAGAUGAUCUUCUACGCGUUUUAUUAUUCCGGUUUUGGCGUUGGUCUUGUUAUAAAAUAUUUCAUGAGACUUUUGUUAACGCUGAUGAGAGGACCACAUCUGGACGAGCCUGUUGUUGUCAAGGAGGAGGAAGAGAAACCAUCGAGACACUUGCCCGCUUUGCCACCGACGCCGGAUGAAUCGAAUUUACAGGUGCAGGCAUUCGGAAUGGAUAUAACGAAGGAAGAAGGAGGGCAGAUAAAAUUAGCACCACACGAGUCGACCACUUCUACACCGCAAUCCAGCAUCGAAGAAACAGGUGAGAGCACUCCGGACGAAGGUACCGGAGAAGAGGGGGCGCGAGCUGAGGGAGGAGAGAGCGAAGCACCUGUCACUUUAGCCGACUUGCUUGGCGGAGAACAAGCCAGAGCUCAAGCUGCCGCAGCGGCCGAAGCAGCAGCAGCUCAACAGGCGGCUAUGGCAGCGGUCGAGGCCGAGGCGAAACAAGAAAUUAUCGCUGAACCCUCGUCAGGAUCAAGUAUCGAUCUAUCUGAGUACAGUCAUCGCGUGGUGUCCUUCCUGGCCAGGAAUUUCUACAAUCUGAAAUACGUCGCGUUGAUUCUCGCCUUCUGUAUCAAUUUCAUGCUGCUCUUCUAUAAGGUUACUUCUUUGGUUGGCGAUUCUGACGAAGAAGGCAGUGGAUCUAUGGCGGAUUUGCUGGCGGAAAUGUCGGGCGAGGGUCCAUCGGGUUCGGGAGGUAGCGGGGUGGAAUUGGGCAGCGGUAGCGGUGAAAAUGGUUCGGAGGAGGACGACGAGGACGUGCCGGAAAUUGUGGAGAUGGCGGAGGAUUAUUAUUACAUGGCUCACGUUAUGAGGCUGCUGGCUGCUCUUCAUUCUAUCGUUUCGCUCGCUAUGUUGGUUGCAUAUUAUCAUCUGAAGGUACCACUGGCUAUUUUCAAACGAGAGAAGGAAAUUGCGCGACGAGUAGAAUUCGACGGAUUGUACAUAGCCGAAACGCCGGAGGAAGACGACUUUAAGACUCAUUGGGACAAAAUGGUGAUAUCGGCCAAGACUUUCCCCGUGAAUUACUGGGAUAAGUUCGUCAAGAAGAAGGUCCGACAGAAGUACAGCGAGACGUACGAUUUCGAUUACAUCAGCAACCUGCUCGGAAUGGAGAAGACUUCCUUUAGUCAACAGGAGGAGGAAGGAUCCGGCUUGAUUCAUUUCAUUGUAAAUAUCGACUGGAGAUACCAAAUCUGGAAGGCCGGUGUCACCAUCACAGAUAACGCAUUUUUAUACAGUCUGUGGUACUUCACGUUUUCGAUCCUCGGCAAUUAUAACAACUUCUUCUUCGCCGCUCAUUUGUUGGACGUCGCGGUCGGUUUCAAAACUUUGAGGACGAUCUUGCAGUCGGUAACGCACAACGGCAAGCAGCUGGUCUUGACGGUGAUGCUGCUGACGAUCGUGGUAUACAUUUACACGGUGAUAGCCUUCAACUUCUUCAGAAAGUUCUAUAUACAGGAAGAGGAUGAAACGGACAAAAAGUGCCAUCAUAUGUUAACGUGUUUCGUUUUCCAUCUAUACAAAGGCGUAAGGGCCGGCGGAGGCAUAGGUGACGAGAUCGGCGAGCCUGAUGGCGACGACUACGAGGUUUACCGUAUAAUGUUCGACAUCACGUUCUUCUUCUUCGUAAUCAUCAUUCUGUUAGCUAUAAUUCAAGGUUUGAUCAUCGACGCGUUCGGUGAGCUUCGAGACCAGCUCGACAACGUGAAGACGAAUAUGGAGAGUAACUGCUUCAUAUGCGGCUUAGGGAAGGAAUAUUUCGACGCGGUGCCACACGGAUUCGAUACUCACGUCCAACAGGAGCAUAAUCUAGCGAAUUACAUGUUCUUCCUAAUGCACCUGAUUAACAAACCAGACACCGAGUACACCGGUCAGGAGACCUAUGUGUGGAAUAUGUAUCAGCAAAGAUGUUGGGACUUCUUCCCGGUGGGCGAUUGCUUCCGCAAGCAGAACGAGACGGUGGAGGAGGAGGGCAAGAAGAAAUAAUGAAAUUGAUCCUAAUUCUUUAAUUAAGGCGACCAAUCGUUAGACCAAGCGAUCUUACUUGACGAAGGGGACUCGCCUCCUCGAGCAGCGUCUUCGAUAAUCCUUAGCGUCAAUUUUUGCUCAUCGGACGGCAGUGCGAAGGUCGGCGAAGUCCGUUCAGAAUCAAAUUUUAAUGAGAACUCUACAUUUUACCUCACAUGUAAUACGACGAAGGGAAAUUUUACUUCGUAAACUUGUGUCUCCGUUUUCCAUUUGACAGUUUAUCGUUAUUCCGAUUAAUUAAGUAGACCGAGUCUCUCCGGCGUGCGUGAGUGUUAGUGCGUUAAUUAGGUACUGCGCGUAGCGAAGGUGUUCAGACACGGAGAAAUUCGCGCCUGGCUCGAAAUUCGAGCGCGAACGCGAGUGCGCGCCCGGAAAAAACUAGUGAAAUUGAACAUAUUUUUCCAACUUUGUAAGGAUUGCUCCGAAAGGUUACCACCGAGAUCGGGGAUUUGCUCCUUAGACCGGCGUCGACCGAUCGAAGGUAGACGAAGGUAGAACCCGAGAGAAGCUUCCUUCGGCCGACGAUACGUUGUUGAAUCGAUGGAAUCGGCGGAACCGACUGCACAAAUUUACAUAUUCAUAGUGUUACAAUUACCUUCUUUUCAUACGUCGGGUGAUCGUACUUGUGCAUAAUUUCUGCGCUACGCCGCAGCGCGGUGACGUUUGAGAUAUAUGACAUAGAGUAUAAGAGUAAGUUGAAUAUGUACUUAAAGAUUUAUAUAAUGUGCAAAUCUCUACCGCUACCGAGAAAAUGCGAACUUUUUGGACAUUAUUUAUGACUGAGCUCACAGUAUAUCCGAGAAUGUCAAUAUAUUGUAAAUAAAAACUCCACGACAGGACUACCUGAUAAUAAAUAAAGACAUACUUCUUUA